CGACCACAAACCGUGAUUGUGGAAAUAUAUUUCCAAGUUUGCCAAGCUAAACUAAAUCCUUCUUUGCACCUUUGUGGCGGGAAGCACAGCCCAGUGCUUACGCACAAAGAGAAGAAAAUCCCUAAUCCCCAGUUCUCAAAGACAAUUCCCAAACAAAAGUCGAUAUUCUGGUUAAGAUUUCCCGGGAGAAAGAAAGAAACUGAAAAAAAGUAAUAAAACAAAAAAAUCAUCGAAGCGGUGCUCUCUGCACAAUGUACCGGCUUGCCACUAGAAACGUCGUCGUUUCGUUUCCUCGAUGGUGUUCUCUCGCUCUCUUGCGUCGUUCUCCUGCUCGUAGUUUCGGCGCAUUCAGACCUUCUCUGACGCUUCCGUAACAUCUCCCUCUCCCCCCUUCUCUCUCUGUGUUUAUUUUAAUGCGUGAUAGUCUCUUCUGCGUUCUUCAUUUUUUUCCUCGAGGAAUUAUUUAUGGCAAGCUUGGGGAGAGAGUAUGUUUAGUUUCAUGUGGUUGAGGAUAAUGUUAACUCUCAUGCAUCCCUUGGAAAAUAUUUUUGGUUGAUGUAAUAGAUGUGCAUAAUAAAUGGGGGUUUUGGUCUUUGUGUAUUUCAUGUGUGCCAAGCGCUUUAAAAUGGUAAUUUGUUUCAAAAUACUUCUUGCUAGUGUUUUAGUUCUGUUAUAUGUAUCACCAAGAAUCGCUUUAUGACAACGGAAAUAGCCCAUUUAUGCACGAAUCAAAGACCAAAGACAAAAAGGUGGGGGGCAUUUAAUAUAUUCAAUUAACUACAUUACCGUGCUUGCCAUUGUUAUGACAAUAUGUGUUAUACUUUCAGCUGAAAUAUCCAAGACCAUUGGGAAAUUAAAUACUCAUGUGUAACUAAGAGUGUUUUUGUGGAAAAAAAACUGAAGCGAUGUAUUGUAUUUCCUUUUGAAUUUCCUCUUUUUUUUUUUUUUUUUGGUUUAGUUUAAUGUCUAAAUCAUGAGAUUUGUUUUUAAAGUUACCGAAGCAGGCGAUUGGAGCAGAUUUGUUGUUUCAAAAAUCACAAAGUUUUGCGGGCAAGCUCAAAAACCACCAAAAAGUCCAAAGCAUCAAAUGGUGCACUCAAUGAUAAGGAUCUUUCUCAUUUACUUUGGUGGAAGGAGGUUUGCUGAUUCAUACUUUUUUAUUAAGUUGCUUGAUAAGCCCUGCUCCUUUGAUAUGUGUGGAAUAUGAAAUUUUUGAGAACUUCAAGUAAGAACUUGUGUGAUCUGGUUUCCUUGUUGUAGAGGUUGGAGAUGUGCAGGAAGCCUUCAACUGUUCAGCUAGUAAAGAGGCUCACCUAUUCCAAUUUGCUAGGCUUGGAUGUUAAUUUGAAAAAUGGGAGGGAUCUCAAUGUAAUCUGAAUGUGUACCUUUGAAGAAUUUACAAAGCAGAUCUUGAUCAUUGGUUAUGAGAAUUCUAAAAGAAGGAACGCUGAACUGGGAGAUGUUGCAGUUCAAGUCAAGGUUUCCACGUGAAGUUUUGCUCUGCAGAGUGGGGGACUUCUAUGAAGCCAUUGGAAUAGAUGCUUGUUUUCUUGUUGAAUUUGCAGGCUUAAAUCCUUUUGGUGGCCUGCGUUCAGAUAGUAUUCCAAGAGCUGGUUGCCCUGUGAUGAACCUUCGGCAGACUCUGGAUGAUCUGACACGAAAUGGGUAUUCAGUGUGCAUAGUGGAGGAAGUUCAGGGUCCAACACAAGCUCGUACUCGUAAAAGUCGUUUUAUAUCGGGGCAUGCACAUCCAGGUAGUCCAUAUGUAUUUGGACUUGUAGGAGUCGAUCAUGAUCUUGACUUCCCAGAACCAAUGCCUGUAGUUGGAAUAUCCCGUUCUGCAAGUGGUUAUUGCAUAAAUUUAGUCCUAGAGACCAUGAAGACAUAUUCCUCUGAAGAUGGUUUGACUGAAGAGGCCAUAGUUACCAAACUUCGUACUUGUCGAUGCCACCAUUUAUUUCUGCAUACAUCUUUGCGAAACAAUUCUUCAGGCACUUGCCGUUGGGGAGAAUUUGGUGAGGGAGGCCUAUUGUGGGGAGAAUGUAGUGCGAGACAAUUUGAAUGGUUUGAGGGAAAUCCUGUCAAUGACCUUUUGCUUAAGGUAAAGGAGCUUUAUGGUCUUGAUGUUGAGGUUACAUUUAGGAAUGUCACUGUGUCUUCAGAAAAUAGGCCACAGCCUUUAACCCUAGGAACAGCAACACAAAUUGGCGCCAUACCAACUGAUGGAAUACCAUGUCUGUUGAAGGUGCUGCUUCCAUCUAAUUGCAGUGGGCUACCUGUACUGUAUAUUAGAGAUCUUCUUCUUAAUCCUCCUGCUUAUGAGAUUGCAUCUGCAAUUCAAGAAACUUGCAAACUUAUGAGCAACGUAACAUGCUCGAUUCCUGAGUUUACCUGUGUUUCAUCUGCAAAGCUUGUAAAGCUACUUGAACAAAGGGAGGCCAAUCAUAUUGAGUUUUGUAGAAUUAAAAAUGUACUUGAUGAAAUAUUGAACAUGUACAAAAAUUCUGAGCUCAAUGAAAUUCUGAAAUUGUUGAUGGAUCCGACAUGGGUGGCAACUGGGUUAAAAAUUGACUUUGAGACAUUGGUUUCUGAGUGUGAAGGGGCUUCAUAUAGAAUUGGUGAAAUGAUCUCUCUGGAUGGCGAAAGUGAUCAAAAAAUGAGUUCCUCUUCCGUCAUUCCCAGUGACUUUUUUGAGGAUAUGGAGUCUUCUUGGAAAGGUCGUGUGAAGAGGAGACAUAUAGAAGAGGAAUUUACCGAUGUGCAGAGGGCAGCUGAUGCCUUAUCUUUAGCAGUUACUGAAGAUUUCCUUCCUAUAAUUUUUAGAAUAAAGGCAACUACAGCCCCACUUGGAGGUCCAAAGGGAGAAAUUUUAUAUGCUCGAGAACAUGAAGCUGUUUGGUUCAAGGGCAAACGUUUUGCACCAUCAGUAUGGGCCGGGACUCCUGGUGAAGAACAAAUUAAAAGGCUUAAACCUGCUUCAGAUUCAAGAGGUCGAAAGGUUGGAGAGGAAUGGUUUACCACAAUGAAGGUGGAGGAUGCUUUAACUAGGUACCAUGAGGCAGGUGCCAAGGCAAAAGUAAAGGUCUUGGAAUUAUUGAGGGGACUUUCUUCUGAAUUACAAUCUAAAAUCAAUAUCCUUGUCUUUGCUUCCAUGUUGCUUGUGAUUGCAAAGGCAUUAUUUGCUCAUGUGAGUGAAGGGAGAAGAAGGAAAUGGGUUUUCCCCAUUCUGGCAGGGUGCAAUAGGCUCAAGGAUGUGAAGCAAUUAAAUGGAGCAUAUGGGAUGAAAAUAAUCGGUCUAUCUCCCUAUUGGUUUAAUGUAGCAGAAGGCAGUGCUGUACAUAAUACAGUUGAUAUGCAAUCAUUGUUUCUUUUGACAGGACCAAAUGGGGGUGGUAAAUCAAGUUUGCUUCGAUCAAUUUGUGCUGCUGCAUUACUUGGAAUAUGUGGAUUUAUGGUGCCUGCACAUUCGGCCUUGAUUCCUCAAUUUGACUCGAUCAUGCUUCACAUGAAAUCUUAUGAUAGUCCUGCCGAUGGUAAAAGUUCAUUUCAGGUAGAAAUGUCAGAAAUUCAGUCCAUUAUUGCUGGAACAACUAAAAGAAGCCUGGUGCUUAUAGAUGAAAUUUGCCGAGGAACAGAAACAGCAAAGGGGACUUGUAUUGCCGGUAGCAUCGUUGAAACUCUAGAUAAAAUUGGCUGCCUUGGUAUUGUAUCCACUCACUUGCAUGGAAUAUUUACUUUGCCACUCAUUACCAAGAACACUGUUUACAAAGCAAUGGGAACAGUAUAUGUUGAUGGGAAAACAAAACCAACUUGGAAGUUGAUAGAAGGGAUAUGUAGAGAAAGCCUUGCGUUUGAAACAGCUAAGAAGGAAGGAAUUCCUGAAACAAUCAUCCAAAGAGCGGAAGGCCUGUACCUUUCAGUUUAUGCAAAAGUUCUUUCGGAACAAAAUGGUACAAAACCAGACUUAUGUUCUAGCACGAGUGCCAAUGGUUCUGAUGAAUUCCAUUUUCAAUCAAGUGGGACUCUUGAAGUAGCUACCUAUAAUAGUGCAGAGUUAGCAAACCCAAUGCAAGUUUUACAAAAAGAAGUUGAGAAUGCCAUCAGGGUAAUAUGUCAGGAGAAGCUUAAUGAGUUCUACAAGAAGAAAAACGUAUCAGAUCUUGCAGAGGUACAUUGUGUCCUAAUCAGUGCUAGGGAACGGCCGCCUCCAUCAACAAUAGGUGUUUCCAGUGUCUAUGUGAUGCUUAGACCGGAUAAGAAAAUAUAUGUUGGAGAGACGGAUGAUCUUGAGGGCCGAGUCCGUGCUCAUCGUUCAAAGGAAGCAAUGCAGAAUGCAUCUUUCCUUUAUUUCAUAGUCCCAGGGAAGAGUCUGGCUUGCCAACUGGAAACUCUUCUCAUCAACCAGCUUCCUAAUCAAGGGUUCCAACUAACCAAUGUGGCCGAUGGUAAGCACAGAAAUUUUGGCACAUCGAUCUCCAUAGAAAGCGUGCCCGUAUGUUCAUAAUGUGGCAGCCCUUGAUCACAUGUUGUGUAACCCAUAGCUAGUCAGUCAGAUGUAGUUGGCACUUGGCCAUGCCAUGUUAGUGUAUGCAAUUCAAAGACAGCAAGAGGAUGUGAAAUUGAUCCGGCAGUGGCUGCAGCAAUUUUGCCUUUUUGAUGUCUGUUGCUCCACUUGCAGUUCAAUGCCCUCAAUUGCAGUAAAGGGCUGAGAUUUUCUGUUAUUUGGCAUGUAAUCUUACUGCGUGUAAUGCCACAUGUAUAUAAUUUCUCCAUUUCCUUGUUC